CUAAAUUAUUACAAACCUUUUUACGAUUUUCAUCUUCGUAAACACGCUUACUCUUCUGAUUCUCUCCUUCUCUCUGCGCUUCCUCUCACCAAUUCCCCAACUCUCCAUAACCCGUCCCCUCUGCCGGCGGCCACCCUACCUGGCUCAUCCGCGACUUGGCGUCGCCGCUCGCCUUCCUCGCCUCACCUCCGCCUGCCUCUCCCGGCCAUAAGCUAUAAAAGCAGUAGCUGCGGCUGUCGUCCCCCUCUUCCACCCGCCUCUUCCCGUCGGCCGUCGACCAAACAAUCUCUUUCGGCCGUACCCAAUUUCCCUAAACCAGGUAAUGUCUCUCGCCAACCGAUUUCUCUGCAGGAACGGUGUCGUAACACCUGCAGCUGACACUCCUCCAGUUGCAGCUUUCCUUGAAGCUCAACCAGGUGUAUAUACAACCACUCGCACCCACAACAAUGUCUCGGAACUCUUAUUCUGGGAAAGACAUCUAAGUAGGCUAUCAAAUUCCUUCAAAUUGUUGUUGAGAGAAAAUCCAAACUUAUUACUCCAAAACCCCAGAAACGAUAGUGCUAUAUUUUGGGAAUUGUCGACCCGUUCAGCGAUGUGGGACUCGGUGAUUAGGUGUCUAGUUCAUGAUUCCAUGAGAAAGGUGAUGCCUUUAGUUGUAAGAGACAGGAAUUCGGUGGAGGAAAUGGCGUUUACCGUGCUUCUGAGUGGAAAUUGGGAGAAUUUGGAUUUUAGGCGAGGUGGGUUUGAUGAGGGAAGGAUUUCUGAGGUGUUGGAUGUGUAUUUACACGUAGGUGGAUACAUUCCGGCUGCUUUUGGUUCUAGAGAGAGUGCAGCUAGUUUGGCAGUCGUAGGUCGUGGAAGGGAUUUUGCGAAUGCAAAGUAUACAGAUUGGGUCAGGCUGAGGAAGCACUUGGAGAGGCUGAGGCCGCCUUCCAUUACUGAACUUUUAUUAUCAAAUGAUGGUGAACGAAUACUGGAAGGUUGUGUGACGAACUUUUUUGUUGUUAGUCUCAAGGAGAAAGAUGGGGAUGCUAGCACUGUUGAGCAGAACGAAUUACAAAGUUCUAGUGGCAUAGAAGUUCAGACUGCUCCCUUGAGUGACGGUGUUCUUCCUGGAGUUAUACGACAAGUGAUUACAGACAUAUGCUUGAAAAAUGGAAUUCCUUUCCGAGAAGUUGCACCAUCAUGGUCAAAGCGCGAAUUGUGGUUGGAAGCUUUUGUCACAAGCAGUCUUAGGGUUUUACAGCAUGUGGAAACAAUCCAAGCUCCAAGUGCUUGGGAAUCUGUCGAAUCAAGUAGUUGGGAGGAGAUACCAUGGGUGGAGAAACGAUUUCAGGACAGCCCAGGGAUGAUCACAUCACUGUUGCAGAAGGAGAUUUUGGAGAAAGCCAGUAUUGAGUCAUAUCCAGUUGCUUCAUUUGAGUAAGGAUGGCCUGUCGUGUGACCUCCAUCAAGCCCAUUGGUGGAACGCAUCAUCCACGUUCAAGACGAGGACGUAUUCGUCCCAGAACACCACAUUUACAGUUACAGACAGGUUCUUCAUCAUACUCUCUUUACUGAUUAAGUUGAAAACAAAAAUAAAAGUUGUGUACAUUUGUUUAAAGCUCUCUUCUAUGACUGAAGGAACUCGCUAUGUGAAUUUAUAGACAAAACACAUUCAGCAACUUCACAUUUUCGGGGAAUUCUCACUUUAACCUUGGCUUCAUCUAAUUAAUACGAGUUUGGUUCCUUGUGAUCUGAUGUAGAACGCUUUGAAGAAGGUGUGUUUCGAAUUCUGUCUUUUGCCUUGAAAAAAAGAGGGAAUCUGAGGAUUGCAGGAACUCAAAAAACAAGACUAAAAUUGGUGGCAAGAGUUGAGACGCAUGGUGUUGGGUGUUGUAUGAUUUUUGAAUAUGGUUAGACUAGGAUUUAUUUAGUCAGUGUUUCAUUCGAAUCCUCUAAAUAGAGAGUGGGUAAAUGGAUUCAUUCGAGGAUACGAUGUAUGUCGGAUUAAAUCACUGCUAAUCUUAUAUAGCUCGACUAAUCCUAUUCCGGCU